CAGAGCUGCGACCAUGUGUUGUAGGAAGUGCAGUGGUUACCUGCCGCCUUUCGAGCACUUCGCCACCGAUGCCAUCCACUUCGGGCAGGAGCCCGAGCAGUGGAGCUCCUGGGCCGUUGUGCCGCCCAUCACGCUCUCCACCACCUUCAAGCAGGAGGAACCCGAGGUGAACCGGGGUUAUGCAUACACCCGAACUGGGAAUCCAAACCGGCAUAUCCUGGAAAAGGUUAUAAGCGCCCUCAAUGGAGCCAAACACAGCUUGGCUUAUUCCUCUGGCAUGGCAGCAAUUCUGAACAUCUGUCAACUGUUGAAGACAGGGGAAACAAUUAUCUGCAUUGAUGAUGUCUAUGCAGGCACGAGAGAAUUAUUCAAGAAAAUAAAAGAUGAUUAUAAUAUAGAAGUUGUUUAUGUUGACUUAACAGACUUAAAAAAGCUGGAAAAAGAAAUUAAUGAACAUCCCAAGACCAAGCUGGUUUGGCUCGAGAGCCCCACGAACCCCACACUGAAGGUGAUUGACAUCAGAGCCUGUGCAGAGCUGGCACACAAACAUGGACGCAAGGAUGUGCUGGUGGCCGUGGACAACAGCUUCAUGUCUCCAUAUUUCCAGCGUCCCUUGGCCCUGGGGGCUGAUAUUUGUAUGUGUUCUGCAACCAAGUACAUCAAUGGGCACUGUGAUGUCCUCAUGGGCCUGGUCUCUGUGAACAGGGAUGAUCUCUAUGAGAGGCUGAAAUUCCUGCAGACCCGCCUGGGAGCUGUCCCCUCCCCCUUUGACUGUUACAUGUGCAACCGGGGGCUCAAGACUCUGCACCUCCGGAUGAAGCUGCAUUCCAAGAAUGGCCUGGCUGUGGCUGAGUUCCUGCAAUCCCAUCCCAGGGUGGAGAGGGUCAUUUACCCAGGGCUGUCUUCCCACCCUCAGUAUGAGGUGAUGAAGAAGCAGUGCACCGGCGUUUCAGGGAUCCUCAGCUUCUACAUCAAUGGGACAAAAGAAAAUGCCUUUGCCUUCCUCAAGAACCUGAAGGUGUUUACCUUGGCUGAGAGUCUGGGUGGCUUCGAGAGCCUGGCAGAGCAUCCGGCCACCAUGACCCACGCCUCAGUGCCUGAGAAAGUAAAGGAAGAGCUGGGAAUCACAGACACCUUGAUCCGCCUCUCGGUGGGGCUGGAGGAUGAGCAGGAUUUGCUGGCAGACCUGGACCAGGCCCUGGAGGCUGCGGCUUCCAUGAGGACAGAUGAACGUAAAAGGAAUUCUCUCGCUUGGACACACAGGGAAGAGCAGAAACAGAGCCAUUCCAGCUGUAAGCCGUGUGCUCUGUUCCCAGGCUCCAUGUCAAACCCAUGGGCUGCUUCUGGGGAGGGAUUUCAUCCAAGCAGCCAGCUCUCAGCUCACUUCUGCAGCGUCUUGGAUCGGGAAAUGGGAAGUUUGGAUUCAAAGUUUCUGGGCGCCACCGUUGGCGACUGCACAACAAACACUUGUCUGAAGACGGACGUGCCCCAGGAGGUCAUGUCACAAGCUCCUGCUCGUUUCCAGAUACUUGGCUCAUUGACCUUGGGUUGCUGUGGUUGCUUUUGGGAUGUGCUGUGCUCUCCUUGGGUGCAGGGUUUGUUUCCCUCAGGGGCUGGGCUCUGUGCUGCCUGUGGUGGGGGAGAGCUCCCCUUGUCCCUCCCCCCUUCCCUGAGGUGACAGGAAUAACAAGGGACCUUAAAUCUCACCCAGUGCCACCCCUGCCAUGGCAGGGACACCUGUCACUGUUCCAGGCUGCUCCAAGCCCUGUCCAGCCUGGCCUGGGACACUGCCAGGGAUCCAGGGCAGCCACAGCUCCCCUGGUCUCUGCUCCCUGCCUUUCUCCCAGAAAUGUCUGAACUUGGAGAACUGUGCUGGUCUCCUACUUUUCCAGGUUUUCAUCCAUGCUGUUCCCUUUUCCAAAGGUUUGUUUUGGACUCACUUUGGUUCCUAACACCAGGUCUCACCUGAGGCACAGGCAGCAAUUCCCAGGAGCUUCAGCUGCAGCUGAGCCUUUGCCAGCAGCCACAGCCACAUUCCCAGAACUGCUGCCUGCAUCCAGCAUGGAUUCUCUGGAAGCUCUUCCCAGGAGCUCCAGGCACUCUCUGGCAGGAGUCCAGUGCCACCAGAACUCCCCUUGCACCUCCAGCCCCUGAUGGAGCAAAGCAGAAGGUGAAGGACCACGGAGCACUUGUGGGGCUCAAUUCCACCUCAGCACUGCUCAGGAGAAAAGAGGAAUCUGGAAAAGGAGUUUUGCUGCCCCAGGCUCUGGGCUGGGCUGGAGGGGAGCUGCAGGACUCCUGGCAGGAAGAGCCAUGGUGUGUUUGGGGGUGGGAGGAUCAUGAGCAGGGGAGGAUUGAGCCCAGGCUGGGCACUGCCUCCUGCAGGAACAGCCUGUCCUUGUCCCAGCUUGCCCAGUGGCCUAAAAUGUCCAGAGACAUUCCAGCUGGCAAAAUUCUGAUCACUUCUGAUCCAAAAUCCUGAAUUAAGUUCCUUUCUUCUGUUGUGUCUGAAACCCACCCUGCAUCUCUCUGUGACUUGCUCCUUUUCCCUCAGAAAGAAAUUCCUUUCCAGCUUGGCCAUGGGGCCCAGGAUAAUUAAUGGAACCCCUGAGACUCCAAGAAACAAAUGCCUGCAUUUACAGCAAAGGUUCCAUUCAAUUUACUGCACACUAAAUCCAUUCCUCAAAGAAAACCCAGACAGAAGCACUGGGCUCUGAGGGGAUGUGGGGAGGGCCAGAGCUGCUCCUGCCAUUCCCUGAUGCUCUGUGGGUGGAUGGAGCUGUUUGAUUCCCUGGUGAGGAACGAGCUCUGUUUUCCUGGGAACGAAGGCCCAGGGGAUUCUGUUCAGAGGCAGAUACCGAGGCACCAGCUCUGCCCUCUCGGGGAUUCAGGCUCCCCGAGUCGUGUUUUGUCACCUUGUUCCUCUCUGACACCAGAUUUUCCCCUCAGAGAAGACAUCAACGCCAUCUCCUGCAAUCCCAGCUCCUGCAAUUCCCUGAGCUCCCUUCCCUGGCGGCUGCAGAGCCUCUCAGCCUUUGAGGCUCCGACCAGAGCCCUUAAUUUGACAAGUGCUGAGGGAGCUGAUGAAGCUGGAGCUGGAUUUACCCUUCCAGGGCUGCUGCCAGAGCCAAGCCCUGGGCGUGGGGGUCCUUUUCCAGCUGUACCUUGGGGCUGCUGAAAGCUGGGGAUGGGCAGCCAGGCAGGGCUUUCCUGUCUCCUGUGAUCCAGAGUUUCCCUCCAAGGUGAGAAUCCCUGGGUGCCGCCUGUUCCUGCUCUCCUGAUGGUUUUUCCCUCCAGCAACAACAGCUCCUGAGGAGAUUCCAGAUCCAGGGCCACCUUCCUGCUGCCAGGGUGGCCCUGGGGGUGACAUGGGUGACCCCUGGGCCAGGCAGGGACACCUCCCCUUGCUGACAUUGCACUCACCCGGGCUCUGCAGGAGCAGUGGCUCUGGCUGCUGAGGGAUGAUGGACGAUGAUGGGCAAUGAUGGAUAAUGAUGGACAAAUAUGAUGGAUGAAGAGGGGCAGUGGAUGAUGGACAAUGUUGGAUAAUGAUGGAUGAUGAUGGACAGUGGAUGAUGGACAAUGAUGGAUAAUGAUGGACAAAGAUAAUGGAUGAUGAGGGGCAGUGGAGGAUGGACAAUGUUGGAUGAUGAUGGACAAUGAUGAUGGACAAUGAUGAUGGACAAUGAUGGACAAAGAUGAUGGAUGAUGGACAAUGAUGGAUGAUGGACAGUGAUGAUGGAUGGGUUGUGCUGCCUAAUGAUGGCUCAGGACAGCAACAGCAGGAGCAGCUCCACCAUCAAAUCACACAUGAGAAGUACAGAAGUCUUCCCAAAUGUGAGGGACUUUGUGCAGAGAGGAUCCCAAAGCUCCCCCCUGGCGGCUGGAGCCUGUGGGCAUGGAUGGGCUGUCCCAUGGAGGUGGUGCCCACGCCUCCCUGCACUGCAGAGGAUGCCAGCUCCACCCCUGGCAGAUGUGCUGCUGAUGCCUUGCAUUAGUUGGGUUUUCCAGGGAAAUGCAGGACAGCUGAGGGCUGGUGGCCCUGGCACAGCCCUCCGUGGUAUCCCGUUCCCAGGCAGUCCCUCCACAUUUGGGAAGGAAUGUGCAGCCCUGUCAGCCUGGCCGUGGCAGGGCUGGGCUGCCCGGGCUUCUCGGGCUGUGUGAGCUGCCCUCCUGCUCCAGAGGCUCCCUGGGAUCCUUCCAGCUGCUUUAUUCCCUGCAUUUCCCCUGGGCGGUGCUCGGCGCACCCCAGGAGCACAGACAAGAGAAGGAGCUGUUAAAUGUGAAUAUUAAUAUGUGGAGUUUCUUUAUUAAAUGCCCAUUUUGGGAAGCUCUGCUCCACUGAUGGGUGAGCAGCUCCUCCCCUGUGCCAGGAGAGUGAAUUCUGCACGGGCAGAUGGUGAUGGGACAAGGGGAAUGGUUUUGAACUAAAGAGGAGAGAUUGAGGUGGGACUUUGGGAAGGAAUUCCUGCC